GUUGAACAGCAGGAAGUAGCAACGACGUUGGAAGCGAGCUUGUCUGAGGCGUUUACGUGAUAUAAAAUAACAUUUUUUUAAACAUAAAGUGGUUUCGCCAGAAGUUUAAGAAGGAUAUGCCUUAAUGUAUUUCAUACCCGAGGCCAGCCUGAGUGAGACGUCCUCUCGUCCGUACUUCAUCCAGAUGAGGAACGCCGGCAGCAUGCCGCUGACGUUCAGGAGAGAAGCUGGAGUCUGGGCCCAAACAAAGAGCCUCCUCUACAAGAACCUGCUCAUCAAAUGGAGAACCAAGCAGCAGAGCCUGCAGGAACUGAUCCUCCCCCUGCUGCUCCUGGCCCUYCUGAUCUUCAUCAGCAUCCUGAAUCCUCACGUUUAUUACGGCGGCAUCAACACAGUGGAGCUGGACAGUGAAGUCAGCUUCCAGAACUUCAAGGGUCUGGGCUACACCCCCAUCACCAACAUCACCUCCCACAUCAUGGAGGAGGUGUCCCAGGCGAUCAACAUGCAGGAACGCCUGGAGUUGUUCACCAGCGAGGAGGAGCUGGAGAACGCCAGCCUGUACGAGCCGUCCAGCUACAUCGGCGUGGUGUUCGUGGACGGCUCCGCCACGUCGUACAAACUGCGCUUUCCGUACAACAAGCUGCCCCAGCCCAGCGACUACACCGAGUCUAUUGGUAGCUGUUACAGCAGCCUGAUGAGCUGCGAAGCUGCCAACUACUGGUUGUCUGGUUUCAUCCGCCUCCAGUCCCUGAUCGACGCAGCCAUCAUCCAGAUGCAGACCAGACGCUCCGUGUGGAACGARCUGAACCUGAACGUUGUCAUGAUGGGCCAGCCGGGCUCCGUGGAGGUGCACAAGUUCCCCCACGCGCUCAUCUCCAUCUACCUGGUCCUGGCCUUUACACCCUUUGUCACCUUCCUCAUCGUCAACGUGGCGGCUGAGAAGGAGCACCGCCUCAAGGAUACCAUGACCAUGAUGGGGCUUUACAACACGGCCUUCUGGUUGUCGUGGGGGCUUCUGUACGCUGCUCUGGUGACCGCCAUGUCCUUCCUGAUGGCCAUCAUCGCCACGUUCACAGCUCUGUUCCCCAACAGUGACUUCUUCAUCAUCUUUUCCCUCAUCUUCCUCUACGGGAUCUCAUCUAUCUUUUUCUCCUUCAUGUUGACGCCGCUGUUCAAGAAGCCGAAGUUUGCGAGCACGGUGGGCUCCAUGCUGACGGUGGUGUUCGGCUGCAUGUCGCUCUUCACCGUCCUGAUGAAGGACUUCCCGCAGCCGCUGGUCUGGCUCCUCUGCCUGCUCUCCCCCAGCGCCUUCUCCAUCGGCAUCGCACAGGUGGUUUACCUGGAGGCGCAGGGCGAUGGCGCUGUGUUCUCCUCUUUGACCAACGGUCCUCAUCCUCUGUAUGUCCCUCUCGUCAUGCUGUUCCUGGACUGUGUGCUCUACCUUCUGCUGGCUAUCUACCUGGACCAGGUGCUUCCAGGUGAUUUUGGACUGAGGAGGUCCCUGGUCUACUUCCUGAAGCCGUCCUAUUGGUCCAAACGCAGGAAGCGUUACGCUGAAGUGAGCUCAGUUUACGACGCUGAAGUGAACGGCGGUCCUGGUGGGGAGGAGUGUGUUGAACCCAUUUCUCCUGAGUUCAGAGGGAAGGAAGCCAUCCGCAUCAACAACAUCCAGAAAGUCUACAAAGACAAGGACAACGUGGUGGAGGCUCUGAGAGGCCUGACCUUUGACAUCUACGAGGGCCAGAUCACGGCUCUGCUGGGACACAGCGGCGCCGGAAAGUCCACUCUCAUGAACAUCCUGUGUGGAAUCUGCCCGCCCACCAACGGCUCGGCCACCAUCUACGGCUCUCCUGUGGCGGAGAUCGCAGAGGGGUCCGAGAUGAAGCAGCUGGUGGGAAUCUGCCCUCAGUUCAACAUCAUCUUCGACGUUCUGACCGUGGAGGAGCACCUCAGGAUCUUCGCUGCCAUCAAAGGGAUCCCACCUGCAGACGUCGAUGCUGAGGUCUCCAAAGUUCUGAAGGACCUGGAUCUGGAGAAGAUCAUGACGGCUCAGGCCAAGUAUCUGAGCGGAGGCCAGAAGAGGAAGCUGUCUGUGGGCAUCGCCAUCCUGGGAGACCCAAAGAUCCUGCUCCUGGAUGAACCCACAGCAGGAAUGGACCCGUGCUCAAGGCAUCAGGUCUGGUCUCUGCUGAAGAGUCGGCAAGCUGGAAGAGUGAUCGUCCUCAGCACCCAUUACAUGGACGAGGCGGACAUYCUUGCAGAUCGUAAAGCUGUGAUCUCUCAGGGCCAGCUGAAGUGCGUCGGCUCUUCUCUUUACCUGAAGAUCAAGUGUGGCGUCGGAUAUCAUCUCAGGAUGUCGAUCGGCGAGGGCUGUGACGCAGAACGGGUCUCGUCUCUGAUCCAGCAACACGUUCCUAAAGCCCAGCUGUCCCGGCAGCAGGAGGCGGAGCUAACCUUCACGCUGCCGUUGGAGAGCAUGGACACCUUUCCAGGCUUGUUUUCGGAGCUCGACUCGCAGCCGAAGCUGGGGGUAAUUAAUUAUGGCGUCUCCAUGACAACGCUGGAGGAUGUUUUCCUUCGUUUGGAGGCGGAAGCUGAAGUGGAUCAAGCAGACUACAGUGUGUUUAACCGGGAGCAGGCGGAGGACGAGUGYGACGACGCCUCUCUGGAUGAAACGGAUCAGCGCCUGCUCAGCUUCUCKGACAACAAGACCGACCUGGUGUCGGGUCACGCUCUGUGGCGGCAGCAGUUCAGCACYGUGGCGUGGCUGCACAUGCUCAACAUGCGUCGUGAGUGGAAGGCCUUCGUUUACACCCUGGCCCUGUUCCUKCUGUUCGUCACUGCCGUCCUCGCCGUCUCUCUGGCCACAGGAACGAUUCAGACUCGCUCUCCAGAACGUCARUUUCUGCCCAUGUACCUCCUGAAGAAGAACCAGGCGCCCCACAGAUACGCCUCGGGCCUCCUGGUCCAGAACACGUCAGAUUCUGACAUCUCCGACUUCAUCAGCAACCUGGAGUACCAGGAUAUCAAGGUGGAGCUGAUGAAGCACAGGGACUACAUGUCCGAGGCUCCUCACAGCGCUGCCAUCAACGUCACAGGAUCCAACAAGAGUUUUAAAUACGUCGUGGCCUUUAACAGCACCAACGUUCACUCCUUGCCCAUGGCCGUCAACAUCCUGAGCAACGCUCUGCUCAGAGGUCUGAACGGUUCUGGGCAGAUCAGAACCUGGACCAAACCCUUUGAAUUUCAAAUCCCAGAUGCCAUCUCGUACGCUCUGGUCUACAUCGAGGCCAUCAUGCUGGGAAUGCUGGCGGCUGGGAUGCCGGCUUAUUUUGCCAUGGAUCACACUCGGGAUCGAGAGAUUAAGUGCCGCUCCACGCUGCGUAUCUCCGGUCUGAUACCCUCAGCCUACUGGUGCGGCCAGGCGGCCGUGGACAUCCCCUUCUACUACAUCAUCCUGUCCUGCAUGAACAUCAUCUUCUUCUCCUUCCACUCAGGAAACCUGCUGAAGCCCAGCCACCUCACCUCGGUGGUCCUCUGCACCGUCGGCUUCGGUCCGGCCAUGAUCCUCUUCACAUACGUGGUUUCCUUUGGGUUUACGCGAGUCCAGAGCAACAGGGACUUCUUCUCCUUCAUCUCCAUGAUGGUGUGCGUGGUGUCCGCCUCCAUCGUUCAGUUCUCGUUUGUCAACGAUAACCCUGAGCUGACGAGGAUUCUGCACAACGCCCUGUGUCUCCUGAACCCUCUGUAUCCUCUGAUGGGCUGCCUGAACUGCAUCACUAAGGCCACCUUCCUGCCGACUCUCUACGAGGAGAACUUCUUAUGGAAAAGUUUGCUCAUUUCAGUUGUAGCUCCUUACCUGCAGUGCAUCAUUCUGCUCCUCAUGCUCCGGUGGCUGGAGAUGCGUUACGGAGGGCGGGCGCUGAACAGCGAUCAGCUCUGCAGAAAGACUAAAGCCAAAGCAGAGCGAGUCCCUGAGGAAGGACUGAAUGAGGAUGAGGACGUUCAGAUGGAGAAGGCUCGAGUGAAGGAGGCGCUCACCUGUCAGUCCUGUGAAGAGAAGCCGAUUGUUGUCGUCAGUAACCUGAGGAAGCUCUACACCGGCAGGAAAGAAGGUUUCUCUUUUGGCAAGAAGACCAAAGUGGCCUCGAAGAACAUCUCUUUCUGCGUCCGCAAAGGUGAGGUCCUGGGACUGCUGGGCCCCAAUGGAGCAGGAAAGAGCACCGUCAUGCACAUGUUGUCAGGUGACACCGAGCCCACGUCAGGACAGAUUCUAAUGGGAGACUACAGCACCGAGUUCAGUCCGGUGGACAGUCCUCUGGACCACGUGGGCUACUGUCCUCAGGUGAACCCUCUGUGGCCCCGGGUCACUCUGCAGGAGCACCUGGAGAUCUACGCCGCCAUCAAGGGUCUGAAAGGACACGAGGUCCCCGGCAUCAUCAGACGAGUGUCCAACGCUCUGGAGCUGAAGGAUCAUUUAAACAAACAGGCCAAAACUCUUUCAGCUGGACUCAAACGGAAGCUGUGUUUCGCUCUCAGUAUGAUCGGGAAUCCUCAGAUUGUUUUACUGGAUGAACCGUCGUCAGGAAUGGAUCCUAAAUCCAAACAGCGCAUGUGGAGAGCGAUGCGUGCUGCGUUCAGGAACCGUCAGAGAGGAGCCAUCCUCACCACACACUACAUGGAGGAGGCCGAGGCCGUCUGCGACCGCGUGGCCAUCCUGGUUUCGGGCCAGCUGAGGUGCAUCGGCUCCAUCCAGCACCUGAAGGGGAAGUACGGGCGGGGCUACAGCCUGGAGGUGAAGCUCAGGGAGGAGCUGACGGGCCUCCAGCAGGUGGCGCUGCUGCACAAAGAGAUCCUCCGAAUCUUCCCUCACGCCGUCCGGCAGGAGAGCCAAACAAACAUUCAACUUCGAGGAGUUCAACUUCUCUCAGUCGACUUUAGAGCAGGUGUUCCUGGAGUUCGCCAAGCAGCAGGAGAAUGACGAAGAGGAGCUGGGUUCUGUCAGCACCACCUUCCAGUGGCGGCGGCUGCAGCAGGAAGUGAACCAGACCGACAGCAUCGUCCAUCAGCUCUGAGCCUGACGCUCCCCGACGGCGACCCGGGCCGGAGCGGUGACUCGUGCGCGCUCGCAGCUGAGGCAUGCACGUGUGCGACCCUCAUCUGGCGGAGGGUGUUUUUCCGCAUGCUGAAGCCACGCCUUCUCCUCCUCCUGUCGGUGUUUUCUUUCUUCUCGGGGAGUCAGUUUGUGGGAAUCGUUGUUUUUGUUCUGUGACCGGGCGCCGCCGCCGCGCUUCCUCGUCUCCACAGAUGUUUUUGUGAAAAUCAGAUCCGUCCACGAUGGAACCAAAGCGGUGCUAUACUUUAAACCGUCCAGAGGAAGACAAACGUGGGACUCGCUUCUGCCACUCUGCUGGGGAACGUUGUCGUUUAAGCAAACAUGUAGCACGGCGCCCUCUAGCCUCAGAGGAGGAGAACUGCAGCAGAAGGAGGUGAUUUAGUUUUUAAACUCAUUCAGGCCGAGCGGAGCUCUGAGGAGUUCCCCCAUCGUCCCGGUUUUUCACAGAACUGUUUUCUUUGUCUCAGUUUGUGUUGGUGAAGCUGUAAAUACAGUUUGUGUCACAUUCAGGAGCGCCGUCGGUGCAAUAUCUAUCAGCAAAUUGUAAAUUUAUUUCAGGUUGGGAGAAUGUCGGCUAACAGGGAGCUUCCUUCAGUCACCGAGCCGAGAGGAAACCCUCGUCUGAGUGACUGAACUCCAGUUUCAUCAAAUAACAGAACCCAGAGAAACGGUCAGGAAAAAAAUCAUCCAACAGAUUUAUUUCACUCAAGGUGUCAGAAACUGAUUUAAACGUUUUUUAAAUCCAGAUUCAAGCCGUAAAGAUUCAGUUUUAAAUGUAAAAUUUUUGUUGACAGUGAAACACUGACUCUGCCUUCACUUUAACGUGUGACAUGUUUACAUCUUUUAUACAUUUGUUUGGUUUCAGUUGAACAUGUAGCCAUCCAGAAAACA